AAUGACAGCAGUAUUACUUUCAGCUGUAAUAUGUACUUUGUCAAAAAUUCUCAAAAUCCCUUGAACGUACCAUAAUGAUAUAAUCAUAAUAAAAACAAUUUCAAAAAAUCAGAGAAAGUGCAGCCCACUCGGUGGAUCGUGCAAUGUAUAACACCAAGUGUCAGUUAAUAUUUCGCAGCUUCUUACCGACGCACAUUUUUAACAACAUUGGUAAUGUGCAGUAUAUUUGUACAAGUUCUCCUUGGAGAAGCACCAAUUAUUAUGAAGCUCUUGGAAUAACACAGAGCUCGACGCAGAAUGAAAUCAAAUCAGCAUAUUAUAAACUUUCCAUGCAAUAUCAUCCUGACAAAAAUAAAGGAUGUGAAAUAUCUGCAAAAAAAUUUCGUGAAAUUUCGCAGGCAUAUGAAGUACUUGGUAACUACCGACUUAGAAGAUUAUAUGAUAAAGGUGUUAUACAUACAGCGGGAGCUACGUAUACAAGGCCAACUGAAUAUGAGCCAGAGGUAGAAGAUGAUCCCGAAACGAAGUUUUACAAAUCUCGUUUUAAAAAAUCGCAAGUUGCGGAUGAAAUGGGACGAACCCCUAUAUAUGACUUUGAUGAAUGGUCCCGCGCACACUACGGAAAAUCUUUCCAAAGACGAAAAGAUGCUAAAGUAAGAUUUGAUCGAAAGCAAGCACAACGCCGCGACCAUGCAUUUGCUUUACAAAACGAAAUGGUACUCUUCAGUUUUGUUUUCAUAGUUGUGGCAAUGUACGCAAUAUUCUACACUGAAUCGUCACUAGAUGCACCAAAAGAGCGAUCCAUUCAAGCUUCUACAGAGCGGAACAUUGGUACCAAAUCGCCUCCGGCCGAAACGUAGUUGUGAUAAAGAAAGAUAUAAGGGGAAAUGUUGAAUUUUUUACUGUAUGUUUUAAAGAUUUUGUUAUUAUUAUAAACGAAGAAUUGUAAAGAAAGGGUUGCUAAGUUAGACAAAUUGUAAUGUAAAUAAGAGCUCAUUUUGAUUUUUCGAACUAAAA